UAGGAAUCAUUAGGUUCUUCUGGUAUUAUGCAUGACUAAGCGUGAAGUCUACAUCUUUGAUUCUAUGAGGCAAAAGCGAAAUUUGGCAAUUAAGUUUCCAAUGACAAAUGCUUUUCGAAAUUACAAGACACUAGGUGGACAAUCUAAGGGAAGUAAAUUGACAUGGCAUUUGGGACAGUGUCCUCAACAAUUAGGUGGACGUGAAUGUGGCUAUUACGUCAUGCGUUAUAUGUUCGAAAUAAUGCAAUAUCAUCAUAAUAGUGAGGACCUUAUUACGGAUUUUUCAAGAUCUACACCGUACACAAAUGAGGAGAUAAACGAGGUUCGAGAUAUUUGGGCAGACUAUUUUGUAUGCAAUUUUGAACUUUAGAUCUACACUUACAAAACUCCAUUUACUUGUUAGACUCUUGUUCUAUUUGUUAGGAUUGACAUGAAUGUAUGUAUUUUGUUUACCAACAAUUUGGGUUGGUGUUGGUGAUUGUGUUGAAUGAUGACUAUAAUGUCAAUGGAAUUGAGUUGUAAAUUUA